AAUAUUAAAAAUGAUUGAGGAAAAAUUACAAAAUGGAGAGAUUAUUGCAGAUAAUUCAACACCAACAAUAAAUUAUCAACAGCAACAACCAGGCACUUCCUCCAAUUCAUUUGAAGAUGGAAAUAUACCUUCAAAUCAACUUAAAACUACACCUUCGUUUAAAUCAGUUUAUGAUGAGGAUAUUGAUGAUAUAGAAGCCCCUUUACGUUGUGGUGUAGGGUCUUGCACCCCUGACUGGCUUCAAAAAUUACAUACGGCUAAAUGGCUUUUAUUAUUUCUUGGAAUAUGUGCAUUUAACCAGUCCUUUGUUAUUAAUGCUAUUUUCCCUGUGGAUCUUUCUACCUUAGAAAAACGUUUUCAUAUGACUAGUACUCAAACUGGUAUAAUAUCUAGUUGGUAUGAUUUGGCUGUCCUUCUUGUUGUAUUUCCUGUUUGCCAUUGGGGAAAUAUUGGCCAUAAAGGCCGUUGGAUUGGAAUAGGCUCUUUAAUUAUGGGUUUUGGCUCUUUUAUUUCUGCAAUGCCUCAUUUUAUUUCCUCUCCAUGGCCUAUUGAUAAUUUAAAUUCUAGUGAUUAUGGACAGUGUACUAACAGGGUUGAACUAAACGAACACUGUGAAAGUAGAAGAAGAGGAUUAUUAGAUGCCUGGUAUAUGAACCCUUAUUUCCUCAUAUUUUUGCUUGGCCAAACAUUCCACGGAUUUGGAGCUACACCUUUAUUCUCCCUCGGAACGGCUUAUCUGGACGAAAAUGUUUCACAAAAAUCAUCGCCUGUUUACCUUGCCAUUCACUCAAUGUUAACAAGCAUUGGCCCAAUUUUUGGUUUAUUUAUUGGUGGCAGACUUUUACAAGUUUAUGAAGACUUUGAUAGAGUAGAUUUAAGCACUGUGCCAAUGAAAAACUCUCGUGAUCCCCGCUGGGUAGGUGCUUGGUGGGUAGGCUUUCUUUGUUGUGCUAUUGCUUCAGGAUUUAUUUCAAUACCUAUAAUGUUGUUUGCCAGGGAAUUGCCUGAGGCAAAGAAACAUAGAUUAAAGGAUGUUAACCAGGUUCAUGCAAACUCUCAAAUGGACACAAAUGAUCACCUUUUAAAAGAAAAAAAGAAUUUUUCUCAACUUAUGAAAGGAUGCUUGAAUAUCCUUCGGAACCCAACAUUUGUUGCUGUAAUGGCAAUUGGCAACUUUGAAGCAAUCAUUUUAAAUGGGUUUUCUGCCUUUAUGCCUAAAAUAUUAGAAACGAUACUUUCAACAACACCAACUAUUGGGUCCUAUCUUUCAUCUGUUGUUAUAUUUGCUGCAGCAGGUGGUGUAAUGAUUGGAGGAAUGGUUGUUAGGCAAAUGAAUUUACAAGUUGGUGGAAUGUUGAAAAUGAUUUUAAUUUGCCAUCUUGUAGCCCUAGUUUUAAUCACUUGCCUUUUGGUUCAAUGCCCUUCGAGAGAAUUUGUUGGGAUUACACUUGGCUAUGAUAGACAGAAACCAAAGCCAGGAGUUACUCCUUCCUUAAUUGCUCAGUGUAAUUCUCAAUGUCAUUGCACUAAUAAAUGGAACCCUGUUUGCGACAAAAGUACAGGUCUAACAUACUUUUCUGCAUGUUAUGCUGGUUGUGAAUAUAAAGAAGAGAUUCAUUCUUUGGGAACAGUCUGGAGGAAUUGCCAUUGUAUUGCUGAUAUUAACAGACCUUUAAUAACCACAACAACCCCAAGAAAUAUUACUACUAGCUUUAAUUUAACUGAAAAUCCUUUUUCGGAUUCAAGUCCUUCAAUGGCUAGCGGGUUUUGUACCAAAGAUUGUGGAUGGUCUUUAUAUUUGUUUUUGGUACUUUUAUUCUUUUCUGUUGUGGCUAGUUUUGCGGCUGGUAUUCCUAAUCAACAGAUCAUGCUUCGAGUUAUCCCCUUCCAUCAAAGAACUCUUGGUAUUGCUGUUAAUUGGACAUUCCACAGACUUUUGGGUUUUAUACCUGGAGGUAUACUUUUCGGUUUUAUGAUAGACACUACCUGUCAGAAAUGGCAACAUUCUGAUUGUGGAACAAGGCAGUCCUGUUUGGUACAUGAUCAAUACAGACUAGCAUGGACUAUAAUGGCUGUAGCUGUUGUUUGCAAAUUAAUGGCUGUAUUAGCAACGAUUAUUGGUUAUGUUACUUACAGGCCAAAUGACCUCGACAGGCAAAAUAUUUAUCAAUUUUUAUAUUUUAAAUUAAAAUUCUGAUUUUUUAGUGCAAUGUCUGUACAAACAACAGAUUCUAGAGGUCCCCUCUCUUUGGUGGUUAACGAUGACAGGCCAAAACAAGCAUCUUUACACACAACAGCCCUUUCUAC